AUGGGCAAGGAUCUAGAUUCCGCUGUGGAGGACGCCAAUGCCCUUCACGGGAAGAUCUCGAGGGCGUACGAGAACCUGAUGAAGCUCGGCGCCGAAAAGAUCACCCUGGGUGCAGUCGAGGUUCGACUCAAGGCCCUAGAAAAGAACUGGAGCAAGUUUAAGGCCCUCAAUACCCUGAUUGCCGGGCAUGCGGCAGAAUUGGAGGGCGAUCCAUACCUGACAGAGGACACCCCUGCACUCGCCGAGGAGGCUUUCCUGACCAACAAGGGGCAACUGCGGGACAAGCAGCGGGAGCUCACGGCAAAGCUCCCCGCUGCCGCAGGAGCCUCAUCACAGGAACCGCAGUUCUCGAACCAUAACUUGCCUAAACUCCAGUUACCGCACUUUUCAGGCAAGUUCGAGGACUGGCCAGCGUGGCGGGACUUGUUUCAGUCGAUGAUUCUCGACAAGGCGUCUCUGACGAAGGUGCAAAAAAUGCAGUACCUUAAAACGUGCGUCAAGGGCGACGCCGAGCCGCUAAUACAGGACUUACCCGCUACGGCCGACAACCUUGAGGGAGCGUGGGACACGCUGACGUCGCACUUCGAAAACAAGCGGCUCCUAGUUCGCGCUUACCUGUCCGCGUUCACGGCUCUUCCACGCAUGAAGACACCGUCGGCGACCGACCUUAGGCGCAUUUUUCACGGCGUGCUCUCCACCGUCGGUCGUCUCGAGGGCAUCGGCCGCCCAAUCACUGCGUCCUCGGACCUUUUCGUGCACAUGGUGGUCGAACUACUCGACCCCAGGACGCGGCGCGACUGGAAAAAGGCCUUAGGGCGAGCUUCCGACCCUCCUUCCUACGAGCGCCUCAAAAGCUUCCUGCAGGAGCAAAUGAUGACGCUGGACGCCCUGCGAGCGGUCUCCGGGGAACCCGCCGGGAAGCAGUCGGAGAAGGCGAGCCGUUCCGCGCGCAGCAGUCACGUGGGAGGCAAGGGGCCGGAUCCACAUCGCAGCUGUCCCCUGUGUAAGAAGGAGCACUUCUUAGCCUAUUGCGACCUGUACAAGAAGAAGACGGCACAGGAAAGACGAGAGAUCGUGAGUACUCACCAGCGGUGCUGGAACUGCCUCGGACGUCAUGUCCUGGCAGAGUGUCCGUCCUCGAAGACAUGUGGCAAGUGCUCUGCUAAGCACCACACGACCUUGCACGACGCGCUUGCCGCUGCCGCCUUACCACUCGCCGCGCCGAGUCCGGCCGCUGCGGUGCACGUAGCCAAGCGCCCACCUACGGGGUGCGGGUCCGUGUUGCUCGCCACAGCCCGCGUCAUGGUGAGGGAUCGGUUCGGCACUCGCCUGGCAGUGCGCGCGCUGAUCGACCCGAGAUCGGAGACGUCGCUAGUCGCCGAGUCGCUCGCGCAGCGACUUCGCCUUCCGCGGACGCCGUCGUCGGUGGCCAUCUACGGAGUCGGUGGAAUUCAGACCGGCCAUUCCCGUGGACGCGUCGUCGUGUCGGUGCACUCACAAUCCGGGGACUUCUCGGUGAUGGUGUCGCCACUGGUGCUGCCGCGACUGACGGUCUACAGCGGCGCAUCGGGCGCAGAGGCUCGCGCGUGGCCUCACGUGACCGGUCUCGAGCUCGCUGACCCGGAGUUCAUCCGGCAGUAUCCGGUGGAACUGCUGCUCGGAGCGGAGGCGUACCCCAGCAUCGUCCUGCCGGAGCUCCGCAGGGGCGGCGCGUCGGAGCCGAUCGCGCAGCGGACCCGUCUCGGCUGGGUGCUGCUGGGAGCCGUGGGCACGUGCCACGCCGUGAAUCCGGUCACCUCGAUGCAGUGCACCACCGUCGCCGAGCUUGGCGACUUGGUGCGUCGGUUCUGGGAGGCUGAAGAGCCCCCCCGCGCUCCGCUGCCACUGACCGACGACGAGGCUGAAUGCGAGGAACACUUCGCACGCACGCACGAGAGACUUCCCGACGGCCGGUACCAGGUGCGCCUGCCGACUCGUCCGGGGCUGCCGAAUCUAGCCCCAACGCACCGCGCCGCCGCCCGUCUGCUGGAGGUCAUGACGUGGCGAUUCGCUCGUGACCGUCCCUUUGGCGAGCGCUACCGCGCCUUCAUGAGCGACUACCUCGCGCUCGGACACAUGUCGCCGGUCACCGCAGCACCGUCGAUUCCGGGGGCCGCCGUCUGCUACCUGCCGCAUCACGGGGUGAUGAAGGGCUUCGAAUCUGAGGCCAAGAUCCGGGUGGUCUUCAACGGCUCCUCUCGCACGAUGGGCGGCUCCUCGCUCAACGCCUCUCUCCACGUCGGACCGAACCUGCUGCCCGCACUAGCAGACGUCCUCACACGCUGGCGUCGCCACCGGUAUGUCUUCGUCGCCGACGUGGAAAAAAUGUACCGGCAAAUCAUGGUGCACCCGGCCGAUCGUGACCUCCAGCGGAUCCUGUGGGGAGAGCAACCGUCACUAGAAUAUCGUCUCAACACCGUAACCUACGGGCUGGCGUGUGCGCCGUACUUGGCCAUUCGCGUAUUCCGCCAACUCGCAAACGACGAGGAAGCCAACCUCCCGAUGGCCGCGGUCGCAAUGAAACGAGACAUCUACGUGGACGACGUACUCACCGAAGCUGACCAGCUGGAGUCUGGCCGUGAAUUGGCGCGGCAGGUCUCAGCGCUCUUCAUGGCGGGCGGCUUCCCGCUGCGGAAGUGGGCCGCGAACCAUGAGGCUCUGCUGGAGGACGUGCCGCCCGAGCACCACCUGCGACCCGCCGCCGCCGCUCAGCUACCUUCCAUCGACCCCUCUGUCCUGGGCCUUCGGUGGAACCCGACGGACGACGACCUCGCCAUCGUUGUCCAGCGAACACGGCAUUCUCCGCCUACGAAGAGAUCGGUGCUGUCGCAGACUGCUCGACUCUUUGACCCGCUGGGAUGGCUGGCCCCCAUCGUUAUACGGGCAAAACUCCUCGUCCAGACGGCGUGGCUUCAGCGUCUGGAUUGGGACGCUCCGUUGGACGCGAGGGAGGCCUCGGCAUGGAUCGUCCUCGAGGAGGAGUUGGAGCUACUGGAGGGCCUCAGGAUACCGCGCUGGUUCGGCAGCGCCGCCACCAGCCCCCUGGAACUCCACGGGUUCUCUGACGCCUCCGAGCUCGCCUACGCCGCCGUGGUGUACCUGCGGGCCUGCAGCCACGCUUCAAUCACCGUGUCCCUGGUGGCCGCCCGAACGAGGGUGGCGCCGUUGAAGCGAGUCCCACUGCCCCGUCUGGAGCUCUGCGCAGCCGCGUUACUGGCGAAAUUGGCCGAGCAUACCGACUCCACGGUCACUCUGGGUUGGGUGCGCGGCCAUCCUGCAAAGUGGAACACUUACAUUGCCAACCGAGUCAGCGAGAUUCAGCGUUCCAAUCCUGAGGCAACUUGGCGGCACGUACCUGGUCGAGAAAACCCAGCCGACUGCGCCUCACGAGGAGUGUCUCCGAGGGAACUUCUGGAGCAUCCGCUGUGGUGGCGAGGCCCGCAUUACCUCCGGGAGGUGCCAGCUGCCUGGCCCGUGGGUCAUGAGUCCAUCGACGAGGAGAGUCUGCCGGAGCACCGACCGCCUCGCUGCUUCGCUGCCGUUCGGGGCGAGGAACCUGACGAGCUCCUGCGCUUCUCCAACCUCAGACGCCUGCUGCGCGUCUCAGCUUGGCUCUGGCGCUGA